CUGGUGUCUUGGACUUGUGAUUUAAUGAUAUUUAGAUGCUAGUAUUUACUUGUGACGCUAUGCUAGGCUAUGCUAGUCAGCUUUUUUACUGAUGGGGGUGCUCCCGGAUCCGGGUUUGGGAGGAACUAGAAGUUAAAUAUCUUCAGUAUGAGUUAUUAUGUGGAUGUUUUAAACAUGUGUUAAUCAUGUGCUCUUCUGCCCUCUAGUCUGGGUCAAUGUGGUCUGACAGAGGGUUGCUGUUCACAUCUGGCCUCAGUCCUGAGUUCACCCAACUCACAACUGAAACAACUGGAGCUGAGAGACAAUGACCUGCAGGACUCAGGAGUUACACUGCUGUCUGCUGGACUGGAGGAUCCAGACUGUAAACUACACACACUGGGGUAAGUACAGCUGUUUCAGUCAGGUCAGUACUGAGCUGAGUUACACUGCUGUCUGCUGGACUGGAGGAUCCAGACUGUAAACUACACACACUGGGGUAAGUACAGCUGUUUCAGUCAGGUCGGUACUGAGCUGAGUUACACUGCUGUCUGCUGGACUGGAGGAUCCAGACUGUAAACUACACACACUGGGGCUGUCUGGCUGUCUGGUCACAGAGGAGGGCUGUGCUGCUCUGUCUUCAGCUCUGAGGUCAAACCCCUCCCACCUGAAAGAGCUGGACCUGAGCUACAAUCACCCAGGAGACUCUGCAGGGGGACUGCUUUCAGCUGCUCUGGUGGAUCCCACAUCUAAACUGAUGAAGCUGAAUGUGGAUCAUGGUGGAGAGUGCAGGCUGAAAUCAGGGCUGAGGAAAUAUGCCUGUCAUCUCACCCUGGACCCAAAUACAGUAAACCCACACCUGCUACUGUCUGAGGGGAACAGGAAGGUGACACGGGUGGAAGAGAGGCAGCAUUAUGAAGACCAUCCAGACAGAUUUGACUGUCUUUACCAAGUUCUCUGCAGAGAAGUCAUUUCUGGAUGUCGUUAUUACUGGGAGGUGGAGAGGGAUGGUGACUGGGCUGACAUUGGUGUAGUGUACAAAGGAAUGAAGAGGAAGGGAAGGGAGGAUGACAGUUGGAUUGGACUCAAUAGGAAGUCCUGGUGUUUAUACUGCUAUGAUAGUGCUUAUGAAUUUAUCCAUGCUGGAGUCAACAGAUCCAUCUCUGGUCCUGUUUCUAAGAGAGUUGGUGUGUAUCUGGACUGGUCAGCUGGUUCUUUGUCCUUCUAUAGUGUGUCCUCCUCUGGUACACUGACACACCUCUACACAGAACACACCACAUUCACUGAACCCCUCUAUCCUGGAUUUGGGGUUUACUCCUCCUCCUCAGUGACUCUGUGUCAGAUAGAUGACCAACACAUUCAGAGAGAACAUGGUGGAGAGAGUUGGAUCAAGCCUGGACCUGAGGACACCAGAGACCAUGGUGGAGAAUGUUGGAUCAAGCCUGGACCUGAGGACACCAGAGAACAUGGUGGACAGUGUUGGAUCAAGUCUGGACCUGAGGACACCAGAGACCAUGGUGGAGAGUGUUGGAUCAAGCCUGGACCUGAGAACACCAGAGACCAUGGUGGAGAGUGUUGGAUCAAGUCUGGACCUGAGGACACCAGAGACCAUGGUGGAGAGAGUUGGAUCAAGCCUGGACCUGAGAACACCAGAGACCAUGGUGGAGAGUGUUGGAUCAAGCCUGGACCUGAGAACACCAGAGACCAUGGUGGAGAGUGUUGGAUCAAGUCUGGACCUGAGGACACCAGAGACCUUGGUGGAGAGUGUUGGAUCAAGCCUGGACCUGAGAACACCAGAGACCAUGGUGGAGAGAGUUGGAUCAAGCCUGGACCUGAGGACACCAGAGACCAUGGUGGAGAGUGUUGGAUCAAGCCUGGACCUGAGGACACCAGAGAACAUGGUGGACAGUGUUGGAUCAAGUCUGGACCUGAGGACACCAGAGACCAUGGUGGAGAGUGUUGGAUCAAGCCUGGACCUGAGAACACCAGAGACCAUGGUGGAGAGUGUUGGAUCAAGUCUGGACCUGAGGACACCAGAGACCAUGGUGGAGAGAGUUGGAUCAAGCCUGGACCUGAGAACACCAGAGACCAUGGUGGAGAGUGUUGGAUCAAGCCUGGACCUGAGAACACCAGAGACCAUGGUGGAGAGUGUUGGAUCAAGUCUGGACCUGAGGACACCAGAGACCAUGGUGGAGAGUGUUGGAUCAAGCCUGGACCUGAGAACACCAGAGACCAUGGUGGACAGUGUUGGAUCAAGCCUGGACCUGAGAACACCAGAGAGCAUGGUGGAGAGUGUUGGAUCAAGCCUGGACCUGAGAACACCAGAGACCAUGGUGGAGAGUGUUGGAUCAAGCCUGGACCUGAGAAAUGGAUUCCUCAGAGCUGUAAGACCUGUGACCAUGUUGAGGACUCCACACACUGGCUUCAGAUUGAACCCUUGACUUCCACUGUCCAGGGAGUGACAAUGUUCAGGCACAGGACACCCAAAGGGAGUUAUGAGUGCACAGUGUCUGGGCUCCGCUGGCUGUGUGAGAGAUGUCAUCCUGAAGUAUCACUUCAGGAACUGGGAACCCUACAGUCAACUUCUGAAAGACAUGCAGUACACACAAGGGGGUCCAUUGCUGGACAUCACUAUGGAGUUAGGUGAACUGGAGGAAGUUCAUCUGCCACACUGUGUCUGUUUAGGGACCAACCCUUCCCUGAGGAAUGAGAUGAAGAUUCUUCAUGUAGAGGAACAUGGAGUGUCUUUAGAGGAAGUGCAUGAGGUCACCA